CGUAAAUUCCCCUUUCUCUUUGUGGCACCUGCCUUACUUCGACGGCGUGCCAUCUUUUCCUUUUCCCAACGGCGUUCACUUCAGGCCAUACCUGUGGAAAUAUCUCGUUGGACUCAUUGGACUGAAAAGCCGCCAGCCAUGUACUCUCGCUCUGAAAGACGAUUUAUGGCCCCCGAUGCCGAUCAUGCCAAUCCAAAGCUCGGGCCGGGAGCUUACACCCCCGAUGACAUUGCGCUUUAUGCUGGAAAACUGCAUGGGACUGAGGGCUAUGCACCAUUCUCCUCCCUAACCCCACGCUCAUCAUUCUUCGAUCAAUCCGUCAUCCGGGGGCCAGCACCAGGUCAAUAUCCCGUUGAGCUCCUACGACCGGCGCUCCACAGCCCACACAAAGCGCCAGAGUUUGGCAUGUCAAAGGUCUCACGGUUCGGAAAAGUCAACAGCACGACACCCGGCCCAGGGACCUAUGAAGGGUUCUACGAUGACAUUGCACUCCACGUCGCAAAGAAGGUGGUGAAGAUGCACGAGCCGGAGUUUGGCAGUAGGACGCACCCAUUGACGAGACAGCCUGGGCGGGAUGCCAAAUGGGAUACACCAGCGAAAGUGCAGAAGUUGAUCACAGAUGCACCCGCCGAUGUCACCCUGGAACAAGCAGCCAUCGCCGCGGCUCAUGGGCCCGAGGGUGCGGACCUGGAUGCGGAGGUCGAUGGAGCUGAGCCGUCGAUACACGGGCAUCUCAUCCCAACCGGCAAGAAGCCGCCAACAUACCCGGUGCCAAAUAAAAACCGGAAGAUUGUGUGGAAGAGGAAGCAUGGAGCGCCGAGUAUACCCCCUCCUCGAAUGGCGUUCGGUUUCCGCGAGAACUCCGAAGGCGACCUGGUGCCGCGCAAACCACCAAAAGAAAAAGCCAACUCGGAGCCUGCUUACAACUCUAUAACGUCGUUUGCUGAGCGGGCACGCCACGAGCAUCGGGGUCCUUCUUUCGCGCACGAUUCAGCAGAGAAUGGUGGGCGGCUGACUUUCAAGAUAUACGAUACGCCAGCGCCUGGCCUCUACGAGUCUUCGCAAGUCCAGCAGUAUUUCCAGAAAGCCGGAACCGGCAACGAGGCGGCCAUCAUGACCUUGGCGCCCUGUGUGCGCGUGACGGAUGAGAUUUUGAAGGAUUGUAAAAAGAAAAACAUACCCGGGCCAGGACAAUAUGAAGUGAGAUCGCCGCUUACAGAGAACCUGGCGAGACCGAGGGGACGUAUCCGCUUCGCAACGACCACAGGGCAUCUUGAUCCAGCGCACUUUUCGGUGACGGAGCAGACGAAUACUCCUGCUCCAGGCGCUUACCAUGUCUCAGAUAAGCCCACUAAGAAGAGGCCGCUCGUAUCUCAGUCGUUUGGUGCAACUGCAUCCAGGUUUGAACGAGAUGAUAGAGUUCGCUCAACACCGGCCCCGGGUAGCUAUAGCGUCGAAGAGAUCGACAGUCUAGCACAGAGAAUCACAAAGAAAGCGCAGAAGAUGCGGUAUGACGCAUUCGGCUCAGUGACCGAACGUUUUCCACAGCCGAAACUAAAUCUGAACCCCGGUCCGGGAGCCUACAAUCAAACACAAGCGGACGCUCUAGCUGAGCAGGAAGCGCACGAACAGGUCGCUAACUCAACACGGUCGCGAUCAGCCGGAAGUCGGCCCGUAACCAGGAUGACACGAAUGAUGGAUCAAGGACCAACACAUUUCAAACUUGGACACCUACUGGUCAAUCCCGCCAAGGCGCACAUUCCCGUUUUCGGCUCGCAAACAGAACGAUUCACGGGAACGCAGCAUGCAGAACUACCACCGCCAGGUGCUUAUGAGCUGGGCAAGGCGUAUGAGGCACUGAAAAAGCAUCGAGUUCCGAAAUUGAGCGGAAUGGUCAGCGGAACGCGGCGUGAAAUAUUUCAAGCGAAUAUCGAAGCAAAUCUUCCUGGUCCGGGACAGUAUGAGCCGCAAGUACUGGACAAGCGGAAUGUGCGAAGGGGCAGUGGGAAGAUCAUGACAACGGAAAAACGGUUUAAAUCCUCCGGAUCUGCUUCUUCGCCAGGACCCGGUGCAUAUCUUUCGCCUUUCCAUAACAGUGGACUGCUCAAGAAGACGUACAACAUCACCUUGACUGAAUGGGCCAAGCACCAUCCUAUCGGCAGUGCUCCUGAGCGUAGACGAUCACCCGUAUCUGUGUGAUAUAGUGGGGGGCAGGACGAGGUGUCCGAUAUAUAUAGUUUUGGCGGACAUUGGUAGAUUAUUUUGCUUGCGAGAACAACAAACAAAUUCAGUGCGUCUGAUGA